AAGAAAUAGGAUAAUUGGUAUUUAAUUUUUGCAGGGUACAAAAUGUGGCUGACCCGAAUUUUCGCGGUGGCAGUCUUAGCCUUUGCACUGGCAAAUGGAACUCCUCUGUGGCUGCGUCCUGAGCUGCCACUGGAUGCAAAGCUCAGCUCGAACCCUCGAGCUUUGGCAGACUACCAGCUGCCUACAUCAAUUAUUCCUUCUCAUUAUGAAAUUGAACUCAUUCCAUUUUUGAAUGACAAUGUCCCCGAAGGACAGACAGAAUUUACUUUCAUUGGAAAAGUCAUAAUUACAGUCACCUGUAACGAAGAUGACAUCAGUUCUAUUAAAAUGCACGCAAAAGACAUGACAAUAUCUGGCGACGUAACAGUUGAAGCAGAUGAUGGAACUGGCGAGGUCACAGUAUUAGGCUACGUAGAGGAACCGACCGACGACAAAGACUUCUUAAUAAUUAACCUUGCUGCUCCUCUGGAGCAAAAAGAUUACAAAAUCACCAUAAAUUACCUCGGAAAUUUGAAUGGAGAUUUAGAUGGUUUCUACAGAAGUUCUUACGUAGAAGACGGAGUUACAAAGUGGAUGGCUGUCACUCAGUUUGAAUCAACCGGUGCUCGGAGAGCAUUUCCUUCCUUCGACGAACCAGGAAUGAAGGCGACAUUUAAGUUGAAAAUUGCCAAGUCCGCUGAUUACAAAGUUCUUGCAAACAUGCCAUUGGACACCGAUGAUGAACCUGUCAGUGGAUUUGAUGGCAUGACUUGGGCUGAUUUUGCCAAUACAGAACAAAGAAUGUCAACCUACUUAGUAGCUUUCUCAGUCAACAAAUUCAGCAAUAUUGGCAAACAAACUUUCGAUGCAAUUGACUACGAUUUGUGGGCCCGACCCAACGCUGUUCAAUUUGGAGAUUAUGCAAAUCAGCAUGCCCCUAAAGUCGUCGCAGAGAUGACAAGCUUCACUAACAACAUCCGAUAUGCAAUGCCGAAAAUCGACCAAAUUGCCGUGCCUGAUUUCUCAGCAGGAGCUAUGGAAAACUGGGGUCUCAUAACAUACAGGGAAACGGCUCUUUUGUAUGACGAAGCUACGGCCAGCACCUCUAACAAGCAGAGGGUUGGAGCUGUCGUUACGCACGAACUCGCUCAUCAAUGGUUUGGAAACUACGUUUCUCCUAAAUGGUGGAGCAACCUUUGGCUUAAUGAAGGUUUCGCCACUUACUUUGAAUAUUUCGCCACCAAUAAGAUUGAAACUGAUUGGAAAAUGGAUGAACAGUUCAUUUACGAGCAACUGCAGUCGGCUUUGAUUUUUGAUGCUCAAGAAUCUACACAUCCAAUCGUUGCAGACGUUGAUGAGCCAUCAACAAUCGAUUCAAUAUUUGACGACAUUUCUUACAACAAGGGUGGCUGCAUUGUGCGUUUAUUAGUUAAUCUUCUUGGCGAGAGUGCGUUCAAAACAGGAAUUAACACCUACCUCACUAACAACCAAUUCAAUAACGCAGACGCAGACGACUUGUGGACAGCUCUCCAAACUGUCGUUCCUGAUGGGUUUCUGCCUGACCAAAUGACACUUAAAAACGUAAUGGACACGUGGACUCUGCAAGGCGGAUUCCCCGUCAUCACAUUUACCAGGCUGUAUGAUGAAAACCAGAGAGCCACCAUUGAGCAAGAAAGAUUCCUAGCCCUGCCAAGUGAAACUGCUCAGCCAGGAGAAUGGGUUGUGCCCAUUUCAUGGACAAAUGCAGCGGAAAAUAAUUUCGACGAUGUUAGCGCAGACGAUUGGCUGACUGCUCCAAACAAGGUUGUUUAUAACGUUGGAAAAGAUGAAGAUUGGGUUAUCCUUAAUUUGCAGUUAAUUGGAUUCUACCGAGUUAACUAUGACGUCAGAAAUUGGGAAAUGUUGACGCAAGCACUCUCGGCUGACGGAUUCUCGCAGAUCCAUGUAAUUAACCGCGCCCAAAUAAUUGACGACUCUUUGGCACUUGCUCGCGCUAAUCAUCUUGCGUACUCAACGGCGCUAGACACAACUAACUACCUGGAUUCUGAAACUGAAUAUCUCCCGUGGGCUUCUGCGUUUGAUGCUCUGGCUUAUAUCAAUGAUCGCCUUAAUUCAGAGGCAGAACCUAAAAAUCAGUUUGAGACAUAUCUGAAGAAUAGGCUAAAGAACACCUACAACAGCCUGGGAGGUUUCAAUAUCCCAGAAGCAGGUGACGCGCACGUGACAAGUCUUACCAGGGCGAUGGUGCUUAACUGGGCCUGCAAGCUCAGUCAAACGGAGUGCAACAAUGAGGCGUCAAAUCUGUUCAAACAGUGGCAAACAACCGAAGACCCAGAUCUUAACAAUCCGAUUAAUCCAAACUUGAAAAGUGUAGUCUACUGCUCUGGAGUGAGGAACGGCGAUCGAACGAGUGCUGAUUUCUUAUUUGAUCGCUACAAAGCAGCAUCUCAGGAUGCAACUGAGCAAUCAAGAAUUCUUUCUGCUCUCGGGUGCUCAUCCGACACAGGGUUCCUUGAAGAAUACUUAUUGAUGACCAUUACUUCUGGAUCCGAUAUCCGAACUCAGGACACAAGAACUGUCAUAACUGCUGUUUACAGCAACCCUAUUGGAGUUGACUUGGCCCUUGAAUUCGUAACCAAUCCUGAUAAUUACCAAAUUAUAAGUACCAACUUGGGAGGCUUCAGCUCAGUUGGAAGAAUUUACUCGGGUUUGGCUACCAAGCUGAACACAGUAGAACAGAGAGACAAAUUGCAAAAUUUCGUAGACACCAAUGGUGCUGUUAUCAGCGAGGGUGUAAAAAAUGCGAUUGCAGGUGCAAUCGAAACGGUAGAGCAAAAUAUCAAAUGGCGCGAUGAGCACAAGGACGGCGUUGUAAAUUAUCUCAAGUCAAAGAAUUCUGCAGCUGCAAUGAUUAUUUCGCCAAUUCUUCUAGCAUGUGCAAUUUUGACCAGAUUUUUGUAAAAUUUGGCCGAUGCAUGUCAUGUAAAUAAAUCCCUACAGAUUUAAAAAAAUGCAAAAA